AUGUCUCUUCCUGGCCUUGAGCUGGCGCAGCCCUCCGAGGAGAGGCAGCAUUCUGCCGCUCCGCCGUCGCAAAUCACCCUGAAACCCGGAUCAGAAUGGCGCUUUGAAGUCGCGUUUGGGCAUAGCAUCAAGGUCAGACUUCUCACCGGAACCGCUGAGCUCUUCGGCACUGAGCUUGCUGAAUUACAAACUUACACGUUCUGCGGCACCAAAGCGGCGAUCUACACAUGGCACGGUUGUGAAUUGGAAGUGAGCGCGGGAGAAACGAAUACGGCGACGCUGGAUGGAGUCACCCCGACGGCUGGCCACGGCGCAGGCGGAUGCCAAAGCGAAUACGUCGCCGAGGAGACACCCAUGGUCGAAUAUGCCAAUGCGCACUUCGCGCUAGAGACGAUUCGGCAAGAAGCGCAUGGGUCAGGCAAGGAUGGUCCUCGGGUUUUGCUGCUUGGUCCUGAGGAUGCCGGCAAGACCAGUUUGGCUAAGAUCUUGACUGCGUACGCCACGAAGUCCGGCCGACAGCCGAUCGUUGUGAACCUAGACCCCACUGAAGGAAUGCUGAGUGUUCCUGGUACUAUCACAGCAACUGCAUUCCGAACGAUGCUGAAUAUCGAAGAGGGCUGGGGUAGCUCCCCGAUGUCUGGGCCUAGUCCUGUGCCAGUGAAGCUUCCGCUCGUCUACGGCUAUCCGCACCCCAGUCCUCUGGAUGCAAAUGGCUCCGUGUAUCGACCCUUAGUGUCGCGACUGGCUGUUUCUGUGACAGGUCGUAUGGCCGAGGAUGAAGAUUCUCGUGAGACCGGCAUCAUCGUCGACACCCCGGGUAUUCUGAGCUCUGGCAAGCCAGGUACCACUGAGCUCAUCAACCACAUUGUCACCGAAUUUGCGAUUACGACGAUCAUUGUCUUGGGCUCGGAAAGACUCUACAGCAAUAUGGUUAAACAGUACGACAACAAACCCAGCGCAAGCGCCUCAGCCGACGUUUUCGACGAACGUGUCUCCGUUCUCAAGCUGUCCAAAUCGGGCGGUUGUGUCGAUCGCGACCCUUCCUAUCUGAAAACUGCACGGGAAUAUCAGAUUAAGUCGUAUUUCUUCGGUACCUCCAUCUACUCACCGUCCCCCUUCGCAGUCACCCUGUCUCCACACACAUCACAGCUAGACUUCGCCGGACUGUCAGUCUACAACUACACAGUGACCUCGGAGGAAGAUGAAGACGAGGACGAAUACGAUCCUUCUCAGCUCGGCAUGGACUCAUUCGGCGAAGAGACCAAGCCGACGGAAUCAGAUCGCCCGGCACCUCUCCCGGGCAUCGUUGGCCUGUCCGUCAAUCCUCCAACCUCAUCAGCCGACAAUACUCCCUUCAGCAAUGUUCCCCUGAAGAAGGUCCUCCCGCCCGCGCCAACCGCACUCACCAAUACCCUUUUGGCCAUAACCCAUGCGCCGACCACAGCUACACCGGCCCAAGUCCGCGAUGCAAGCGUCAUUGGCUUCCUCUACGUUGCUAGUGUCGAGCCCGAAAAGGGUAAGAUCCAUGUACUGGCACCCGUUGGAGGCCGAGUCCCGCAGCGCGCCAUGAUCUGGGCUAAGCGCUGGCCGGACGAGGUGAUUGGCCUGGUGAAUUAA